AUGUGCUCUCUCAGUGAUGAUCCCACGCGCUUCGACGCAUACGAAGUGCUCGCUGGCUUGCCGCUGGCAGACGAGCAGCUGGAUCUGCACGUUCUCGAAUGGACAAGAGGAGAUACUCGUGGCUCCCAUACUCGACUGAGCCGAGUAUCAGAACUCGCAGGUCAAUCACAUUGUAGCCUCCGGGUCAUAUUCGCACCUUUAGACCUACCAGACCGCGACCUACUGAAAGGCUUUCUGGCGCUCUUCGAGCACUACUCGAUCCCCUCCGCCUUCCUGUCCGAGCGGCUACAAUCCGUCGCGCACUCUUUCGGCGCGCGGAAAGACGUCGAUGGCACGCAAUACGCCUGGUUCCACUUCAUCUGCAAGAACAUAAACAUCCAGCACACCGGUAGCCAACCUCAAAUCGUGAACCAAAACAUCCGGCUCGGCAGCAAACCCCAAAGCCAAGCAGAUUACAGCUGGCAUCGCUCUGGCUUCUUCCUCAAAGCCUCUCAGUGCGCUUCAUCGAAGCCGCCGAACGCCUCGCCGUUUGCUGCUCCCGCAGACGACUGCGUGACGCUGAUCUGCUUCGGAGCCUCGCCAUCGCUGGAGCAGCGCUUCCGGCGGCUGGCGCUGAACUCUACCUGGGAAGACGCGCUGGAGGAUCCGUACGUGCUGUUUGAUGUUGUGCUGGACGAGCUGUAUCUGCAGCUCGACGGGGUUGCGUGGAGCCUUGCCGAGGUCUUUGGCGGGAUCGAAGGGCGCAUCCUCAGCCGCGCCGUCUUCCCCGGCGUCGCGGCCGACAAGAUCGAUUUCGUCGGCCUGCACAACGUCUCCAAACACAUCAUCUACGUGCGCGAAGCCGCCGAUGCCAUGCUGCUGACGCUCGAGAGCCUGAGUACGGCGCACAAGCACGCCGUCAGCGGAAGCAGCGACCCCAUCACCACCGCCACCCAGAGCGCCUUCCGCUACCGGCGGACGCUGUUCCAGUCGACGCAGCUGCGCCUCACGAGCCUCGAGAAGCGCAUGCAGAACAUCAUCAGCUUGUCGUUUAACCUCGUGACCCAGCAGGACAGCCGCAUCAUGCAGAAGGACAGCAGCAGCAUGAAGACGAUUGCAAUCAUGACGCUGAUUUUCCUGCCUGCGACGACGAUCGCGAGUAUCUUUGGGAGCCAGUUCUUCACUGCGCCGGCGCGGGACGAGGACGGCGGCGUCGAUUUCCGUGUCAGUCCGUACUUUUGGGUGUUUUGGGUCAUUUCGGUGCCGGUUACGCUGCUGGUAUUGAUUCUGUGGAGGGUGUAUUAUAGGAGGGCGAAGAAUGCGCUGAUUCAUGGCAAGCAGCCUGGGCGGCGGACAGGGACGUGGAUGAGCGGGGUGUCGGUUUAG